AUGAUGAUGAUGAUCUCCUCUCUGGGCUCGUGUUGAUUAUUAAACGGGUCAACUAGCGCGUGCACGCUGCUGUCAGCUGUAAUCAGCUGAUGUGAGGAAAAUGAAACUUAAGGAAACACAGAGCGGAGGAGGCGCAGUUAGAAAUCCGCACUCCGCAGCGCACUCACACCCAGGAUGGGGGUUCAGGGUCUGGCCACCUUCUUAGACAACCACCGGAAGGUUUACCGGGACGUCCGGUUCGGCAGGAGCCGGCUGGUGAUCGAUGGAUGCAACCUGAACUACCUGCUGUACUUUGAGUCAGGUCUGGACCAGAAUCACGGCGGGGAGUAUGCUGCCUAUGAAAGCCUGAUUGAGAGGUUCAUCACAGCCCUCAGAACCUGCGAGGUCGAUCCCUACGUGGUGCUGGACGGAGGCUCGGACCACACCGACAAGAAGCUCGAAACUGUGACACAAAGGGCCGAGCAGCGGAUCGAAAGAGCCCAUCGAGCAGCAAAGGACGGGGGGAAGGAAAACGUCCUGCCAAUUAUGACCAAGUGGGUGUUCAGACAAACGCUGACCCGGCUGAAGGUCCCGGUCGCCCAGUGCUUUGGCGAGGCCGACCGGGAGAUAGCCGCCCUGGCUGAUAAGUGGCAGUGCCCAGUGCUUUCUAACGACAGCGACUUCUACAUCUUCAACCUCUCAGCGGGGUUGUUGCCCAUCUCUUACUUCCAGUGGCAGGAUGUAAAUGGGAAUGGCUCAAAGAGCUACAUCCCUUGUAAGAGAUACUAUACCUCCAGCUUCUGCAUCUACUUCGAAAUCCAAUGCCAGCUCCUGCCCACCUUCGCUGCCCUGGCUGGGAAUGACUACGUGAAGCUGCAGAAGUUUAUCUGGAGUCAGUUUGCCCCAGUCGCCAGUAAGCCUCAGAGCCGCCUGGAAGGCCUGCUGUGCUGGCUGAAGGACUUUGAGGAGCCGGAGGACGCUUUGAAGGCAGCAGUGGAGCUGAUGGGAGGAAAGAGCCGCAAGAACAAGGAGAACAUGAAGAAGAUGCUGCAGAGUUUGUCUGUGGGGAUGGAAGAAUACAAACUGCCUCGCAGCUCGCUGAUGGAGUUCUUCAUCCAUGGGGUCAUUCCUCUGUUCCUAGUUGAGGAGUUCAUGGGUCGCAUCCCAGAUUGGAUGCAGCUGCGUGUGAUGCAGGCCUGGCUGCCCGGGGACACCCUGGAUGUACUGCUGCUUCACAGGCUGAGCCUCAGCACCCCCGUGGACCACAAAGACCUGCCCAGUGUUAACCUGACCUCCAGACCUCUCCGCCAGGUGAUGUACGGGCUGGUGCUGGGCAAAGAGACGUCAUAUAAGGUGGAGGAGAGAGACAGAGAGGGCCUCCAGCUUAAAUUCAUCCGAAUCAAACCAACCUUCAGUCGAGUGGCUCAGCGGCUCCAGCUGAACUCGUUGCAUGAGGCGGAGCUCUCUGAACGUCUGCAGGUCUUACUUGAGGCUCUCGGGUGA